CGCUACCGCCUGCUGCAGACUCGACACCAAUAAUAUUACAUUUUACGUCCUAUAAUAUUGUCGUUUUGRAUAGUUCGUAUCAUACAUACAUGAGGCGUGUGUACAUCAUAAUAUCAUAGUUGGUUGGUCGCGCGUAUACAGUCGACAUGGGGCCCACCAAGCUGUUGGUGUAUUUCGCGCUGUGCUUCGCGAUAUUCGCGAGGUCCGGUUAUUCGCGCAAGAUACCCGUCGAACCAGCGGACGAAGUCGUCGCGAUGAUCACCUCGCCGAUGACGGUCACCGCCACCGCCAUUACUGCCACGUCGGCGGCGGUAGGCGACGACCCCAAGGCGGUGGCCGCUUCCCAACAUCAGUCGUCCGUUUUAACGGCGCCGGUACAUGAUCAGGCGGUGGCUGCGUCCCACAAGAAGAAGAAGAAGAAGAAGUCAUCAAAGUCGUCCAAGGGUGGUGGGUCGAAGAAAAAGGCGGAAAAACAUUCGAAGAAGGGUCACAAGUCCGACAAAGGCUACAAGACCAAACAUCACUUCGACAAGGGCGACAAGGGCAAGCACGGCAAGGAGGAGCAUGAAGGUCACUAUAAGAAGGAAGGUGGCCACAAAAAGAAGAAACACGACGAAGCCGAGAAGUACGGUCACCAUCACAAGGGUGAAAAGGGUCACAAGGGCGCUAAGUUUGGGGAGAAGAARGGUCACAAGAAGGGGCACAAAACGAAAGGGUACCACAACAAGUUCCACAAAGACGAGUACCACAAGGAACACAAGUUCUACGACGACUUCCACAAGGGCGGGCACCACAAGAAACACGGUGCGCACCACAAGAAGCACGAGCACAAGGAGGGCAAACACAAAAAGGGUAAACACCACAAGUCGGCGCACCACGCGGACAAAUAUGGCAAGAAGGGACACAAAGAGAAGGGCCACUACGACAAAGAGCACAAAGCGCACAAGGGCAAAAAGGGCCACGACGAACACCAUUCGCAUCACGAGGACUAUGGCAAAAAAGGAGGACACAAGCAUCACAAGAAGUACGGGUACAGCAAAAAGAAGCAAGGAUAAACCAUCAGAGACCGGGCCCAAGUUAUUAUAUUCACGUACUGAAACACUAGUUUGUUUUACCAUUAUUUUAAUUAUUAUUAUAUCCUGUUUAUUUGUUAUUUAUUGUUUCGUUUAUUGUC